ACAGCAUAUAUACAAAUUAUACACACAUAUAAACAGCACCAAUCUUUCUCUCUACAUGAACUGUUCUCUCUCGGUCUCUCUCUUAUAUAGGUUCCUCACGUGGAUUCGUUGGCCGGAAAGUUUUGUCACCGCCAAUUCACAGCGUCUCGGUGGUUAAUCGUUGAUUGUCGGAAUCACUGCGAGGUAAGAUCUGGUGACAUUUGAAUUGGGCGGAGACCUAGGGUUCUUGAGUCCGUUUGUGUUGAUGUUGAUGGUGAAUGUGGGGAUCUGAUUGAAAAUUUUGAGUUUUGUUGCCGUUAAUGCAUUAGAUGGAAGAGGGUAGUGGAUCUGGGGACCCUUCGGGGUAUUUGGUGAAGAAGAAGAGCUCCUCUGGUUGUUUGAUCAUAAAAAAGAAAGGGGAUGGGAUGAGUGGGGUUGGUUCUUCGGGUUCAAGAAAAGUUGUUGGGUCAAAGAAGGAGAAGAAGAGACCCCGCUUGCUUCUCAGCGAUUCGGGGUCGAGCGAUGAGCUAUUAGAGCCUCUUCGUAGGAAAAUUGUUUCCAAAAACAAUAAAUUUCAUAACGGUUCACUUGUAUAUAAUAAGUGUAUUGUGGAUGAUAGAGAAAUUCGUAGGAAUGGUAAAAUUGAGAGCGAGAGGAAGAGAAGUCGGUUAGAUGUGUUUGAGUUUGAUGAGUACGACGCAAUGGAUGGGAAAAUUAUGAGGAAUGAUUUUAUGGAUGAUAGGUUGAAGCUUGCAGGACGGAGUGGUAACCAGAGGGAAUUUGAAGGUGGGUCUAACAGACAUGUUAUGGUUGACAAGAGAAAACAUUCUUAUGUUGAUGGGACAAGUAGCUCAUUAGGUGGGAGGAACAGGGGACCUAAUUUUACUUUAAAGAAUAGGUUUGAGAUGGAGGAGGAUGAUGAAGCUCACAUGCCCAUUUCGUUUUUGAGAGAGAAGGUUCGUGAGCCUUCUGAUGAGCUUAUCCGGUUGCAGGGGAAAAAUGGUGUUCUAAAGGUAAUGGUAAAUAAAAAGAAGCUGGGUUUGUCCCGUAGAACUUGUGAUCAGCAGGAAUCUGAAGAUAGAAAGGAUUCUAGGUCUGAAGACGCUAUCAAGAAAAACAUGCCAGUCCGGCCUUCUUUUUACUCAGAUUCAAAACGUCGUGAAAAACGAGAUUCAUUUGUUAGGGCAGAGAAAAGCGAGCUUAAAACAAAAAAAUCAAUUUCAAGUAAGAGCAGUAUGACAGGUGAAUUAGAGAAAGAGGACAGUAAUACGUUACUGAAUCCAGGGUCAACGAGCAUGCAGGCUUGUAGCUCCUCAAAACGGGUAAAGAAUGAAGGAAGUGUUACUCCAUCAGCUGAACAAAUCACUCCAACCAGAGGCAAGGAAGGAAAGGUUAAGCGUGGCACUGGCACAGAAAAGCAAUUAUUGCGCGAGAAGAUUAGGAAUAUGCUUGUGAAUGCUGGCUGGACAAUUGAUUAUAGACCUAGAAGGAACAGAGAUUAUCUAGAUGCAGUGUACAUUAAUCCUGCAGGAACAGCUUACUGGUCUAUUAUAAAGGCUUAUGAUGCGCUUCAGAAGCAGUUGGAGGAAGAUAAUAUUAAAAUCGAACCUAGUCGGGUCUCCUCUCCGUUUACUCCAUUGUCAGAGGAGAUACUCAGUAAGUUAACAAGGCAAACUAGAAAGAAGAUGGAGAAGGAAAUGAAGAAGAAGCGAAGAGAUGUUGAUAGGAGUAAGAAUGUUAAAGACUCUGUUUCCGAAGAGUCUGAAGAUGACAUGGACAGUGAUGAGCAUGAGAAGAAACUUAGUUCUUUCAAGAAGCAUAGUGGUAAGUCAGUGAAAGGCAGAUUGCGCGAAGCAAAGAAUGAUAGUGGGGAUGAUUCAAGUGGUAACUUGUACAAAGGAACUCCCAAGCAAGCCAAGGCUGAAAAAUUGUCCACAACAACCAAUUCUCAAAUGAUACAAGGAACAAAAAGUAGAAAAUUUGGCAGAUGUACUUUGUUAGUUCGCGGUUCUGACAAAGGACCAAAUUCAGAAAAGGAUGAUUUUGCUCCAUAUACUGGAAAACGGACCCUGCUUUCCUGGCUGAUUGACUCUGGUACAGUGCAUUUAAGUGAGAAGGUGCAGUACAUGAACCGUAGACGGACUCGAGUAAUGCUAGAGGGUUGGAUUACAAGAGAUGGCAUACACUGUGGUUGCUGUAGCAAAAUCCUCACUGUUUUGAAGUUUGAGAUUCAUGCUGGAAGUAAACUGCGUCAGCCAUUCCAGAACAUAUAUUUGGAAUCUGGGGUUUCCCUUUUGCAAUGCCAGAUAGAUGCAUGGAACAGGCAAAAGGAGUCUGAACGUUGUGGUUUUCAAACGGUAGACGUAGAUGGUGAUGAUCCAAAUGAUGAUACUUGUGGCCUAUGUGGUGAUGGUGGUGAUUUGAUUUGUUGUGAUGGUUGUCCUUCAACAUUUCAUCAGAGUUGCUUAGAUAUACAGAUGCUUCCAGCGGGUGAUUGGCACUGUCCAAAUUGUACAUGCAAAUUAUGUGGGAUAGCUGAAGGGUGUGUUGCAGAAGAAAAUGAUACAGCUAGCAGUGAAGUUCUCACAUGCAGCCUGUGUGAGAAAAAAUAUCACGAAUCAUGCAGUCAGGAGAUGGAUGCUUUACCUGCUAAUUCCGAUAAUGCAUACCCUUCCUUUUGUGGGCGGAAAUGCCAAGAGCUGUUUGACCAUUUACAGAAGCUUCUUGGGGUCAAAAAUGAACUGGAAGCAGGAUUCUCAUGGUCUCUAAUUCAUCGAAUGGAUCCAGACCGUGGAUUUCCUCAGAGGGUGGAAUGCAAUUCUAAGCUAGCUGUUGCACUGUCUGUUAUGGAUGAAUGCUUUUUGCCCAUUGUUGACAGGAGGAGUGGUAUCAAUUUAAUCCAUAAUGUUCUCUAUAAUUGUGGAUCAAACUUCAGUCGGCUGAACUAUAGUGGCUUCUAUACUGCUAUUUUGGAGAGGGGUGAUGAAAUAAUUUCUGCAGCAUCCAUCAGGAUCCGUGGGACCCAGCUUGCAGAGAUGCCAUUCAUUGGGACACGCCAUAUAUACAGACGCCAAGGGAUGAUGCGCCGGCUUCUUUGUGCCAUUGAAUCGGCCCUCUGCUCUCUCAAAGUUGAGAAAUUGAUUAUUCCUGCCAUCGCUGAGCACAUGCAUACAUGGACUGUAGUUUUUGGCUUCAAUCCGCUUGAGGAAUCACACAAACAAGAAAUGAGGACCAUGAAUAUGUUGGUGUUUCCUGGUACAGAUAUGUUACAGAAGCUGCUGGUGGAGCAAGAAAUUACUGAGGGAAACACACUUUCCAACUCAGGUGGAAAGUCCACUAAAAUCAAAGAUAAUGAUUGUAUUGUGCCUGAUUUGGCAAAAGAAUCUGACAUGGAUUCCUCUGCUGGGAAUGAUCUCCACAUGUGUGAUGAUGGUGUGCACCAUUCAAACGAUUUGAAUGACAAGGGUUCUUCUACAGAUUCUAGUUCGCAGGAUCCAGAUUUACCCAGAAAUGAUACUGCAGGGUUGAGUAGUUCUUUAGAUGCUCCUGAACCUAAUCUCCAAGUCUCCAGUGAGGAGGCUAUUUCCUUUAAUUCUCAAUUGGUGGAUAAGUUAACUGAAUCUACUGCUGACUUGAAGUGCCUCUCCUCUGAUGUUAGUCAUGCUAUUCUUGAGAUGAAAAAUCCUGUUUUGGGUCGUCUUGACAAAGACAAUGUUCAGUCUUCUGCGGAGGGUGCUGUGGAUGAUGCUUGUAGAGAGAAUGUCCAAGUUGCUUGUGGUGAACCGGUUCCUGAUUCUUUAGAUGAAACAUCUGCAAAUAAUAUUGCUGAAGAUGUCAAUAAAAAUCAUAAUCUUGUUUCUGUUUCUGGUGUUUAUGUCACUGAUGGGAGUACCAUUCAAGAUACUACCAUGCAAUUCAACUCCAACUUGAAUCAUCAGAGUGCUGUUGACAUGGAAAGCAAACUGUGUGUGGCUUCAGAGGUUGUCUCUGGCACAGAAGUUGCACCUGUUGAAGGUAAUAUUCAGUCUUCUUCAGAGGGUUCUGAUAGUGAUGCUCAUAAAGUAAAUGUCAAAGUUGCCUGUGCUGGACCUGUUGUUCUUGGUUCUUUAGGUGAAAUUUCUGCUCAGAAUACUACAGAAAAUUUGUAUGGAAGUGAGCAUCCUGUUUCCUUUUCCACACCUCCUGAUGUCAAUGACCUUACUGUGCAAUUUAACUCUGAUUUGAAUAAUCCAAGUGCUCUUGAGAUGGAGACCAGGUUACAGGUGGUUUCAGAAGUUCCUAAUGCAGAAGUUGCUUCCAGUGCAAAAGUUGGUUUAGCUGAAAGUAGUAUUCAGACUGCUGCAGUGGAUUCUGUUGGGGACAUUUCUGCAAAGGAUGUUAAUGAAGAAAUGAAUGAAAGCCAGAGUCCCGAUUCUCUUUCGAGGCCUUGUAAUUCUAACGAGCAUGCCAUGCGACUCAACUCUGAUCUUAAUAAGCAGAAGAGCACGAAGGUGGAAAGUGAAUUGCAUUUGGCAGAAGUUGGUUCCGAUGAAGUUGCUCCACUUGAAAGCAAUAUUCAGUCUAAUACAGAAGGUCACUUGGGUGAUGCUCCUGAAGAAGAAGUUAAAGUUGCUUGUGUUGAACCUAUUCUUGAUUCUGUAUUUGAAACUUCUGCACAAAAUAUGACUCAGAUGGGAAGUGAAUCACACAUCAAUACAGAAAUAGUUUCUGAUUGCAAUGCGGUGUGGAAGACAUGAUUCUUGUAGAAACUGAAGGAUUGAUGCCUUUGUACAAGUUAUCGGGGAUCUGUUCCUCUUUGAUCUGAUCUUGAACCCAUUGCCGAGGACUAUAACCACAAUACUUUUUUUCCCAGAAUGCUGAAAUGCUGCUUUUAUAUGCUGGUUUGAGGGCUUUGGUGUAAUGCUGUGUUUCAAAUGGUACCAAUAAAUUGUGAUAUUUCGGCGGAAAAUUUUUUGCAACCUGCACAGCCUUUUGGGUACGGGUUUCAGGGAUUGGUCCAAGCUGGUGCAUCAUUAUUAUCUCUUCCAGAUGGUAAUAAAAGGUCGAAAAUGUUCCUUGUGCAUAUAUCCUGCAAUCGAAGGUGAAGUUACCUGCCUUGGAACACUACUCCAGUGGUGGGGUAAAUUAGCUUCUGAAAUGUGCUAGUUUGUUGAUUGAACAUUCUUAUGCAGCUUUCAUGUGUACAUAUCUAGAUUUGGAAUUUUAUUUCCUGAGUUUGGAGGCCUUGUAAUAUGUGUUGCUUUAUAUGAUGAUUUCAUCAUCACAUAAAAUAGGUGAAUGCAGGUGAUUUUUUGAUAGCUCCGUCGUAUUAGUCCUAAGACUUGAUCAAGGUCCAUGUGAUCCACAAUUUGUGUUGCUGCAAUGGGUCCUGUAUCUUAUGAGGAACUAGCGGAUUCUGUUCUCUUCAUGGCACUUGGAGAACCUGCCAUGCUUCUCACAGGCUUUGUAAUUUUGGGUUGCUGCCGAGUCCUGGAGCUCAGAUUAGGUGCUUGUAGGGAAAAUGCAGGUCAGUAUUGGAUUAAUGCUAACGACAAAUGAAAUCUGCAGAUAGUUGUUCUUCCGGUUAUUUGAUGAGGUAUGAAUAUCCACAUUCUUUGAACUGUGUUCAUCUUCCGGUGCAGCUGGAUGUGAUCCCAAGAUCAGCUCCUUCGAUGGUACGACUGUUGUGAUUGAUAAUAAGAUUUUGGACUGAGCUUGACUGGAUGUUGUUUCUCUUUUUGGGAUUUUAUGAAAUCAAGGCAGUAUCCAAUCUAAACAUGCCAUAAUGUUGUCAGAUGUAUUUUGUCUUAGCAUGAUCCUGAUGGUGUUUUGAAGCCCUAUGACAUUGCAUUACGUCUUGCUUGUUCUCAGUAUGAUUUGCUUUUAGCCAGGAAUGAAAUAUUGAUGCACUGUCCUGUACACUCAAUUGUUUCUGUUGUAUAUAUAUUGUUAAUAUUGUAAUA